AUGGCUCUGCUGGUCGUCCCGCUGCUUCUGCAAACAGGGCUCGUUCUGGGAUCAAACUACGGUUAUGUGGAGUGGUCUGAUAAUGACAGAGACGACAAGAACCCGCCAGUCUUCAGCACCCAAAACAUCAACAGGGAGCCGCCCCACCACCCGACCUACUACUCGCUUCCAUCCACCGAGCGCACGGUGGUGGCGCACAAAAUUGAAGAGGACCUGCCGAGGGUGGUGACGGCUUUCCUGCACACCGGGGACUCCUCGGCGCUGAGGCAGGUGAACUGUUCGCGCAGGUACGAGCUGAGCAGCCUGCGAGGCGGCCUGCACGUCGCCUCCCACUACUCCCUGCACAGCAUCCUGGACACUGUAGCGCACGCAACAAACUUCCUGAACAUGAUCCUGCAGGCCAACAGGUCCCGGGAGCAAACCCUGCGCAGGGACAUCCACUGGUACCACGCGCUGGUGCAGAGCAUCCUCGAGGGGGACCCCAAAAUCCACAGGGCUGUGGUGACCUUCCACGCGGACGCGCCAACGCCGGGGCCCCACGUUUUCCUCCAGGCUACGAGAACCGAGAAGGAGGUGGUGCUGCAGGACCUGUCCAGCACUGCGCACCGUCACCUGGGGAGCAGGGGCCCGGAGUCGGACUGGUUUAAUGAGUUUAGGGACGGGAGGAGACCACACUCGCACAGGAGAGUCCCGGAGGCACGGGGCGCCAAGAGUGGAAGUUACCUUCUGGACAAAAACCAGAUCAAGUGGUCGGCACCGUACCUGGAGUGUGAGCACGGGGCGUUUGUGCCCUAUUGGCUGCUCACCUUGUCUGCUGGCUUCUAUGGACUGAAGAGCAACUCUGCACCAGAGUUCAGGGGUGUUGUUCGUGUGGACGUGAACCUGCAGGAUGUGGACAUUGACCAGUGCUCCAGCAGCGGCUGGUUCGCUGGGACUCACCGCUGUAAUCUCACCAGUAUGGAAUGCACUCCCAUCGUUGGCCAUGGAUUUGUGUUGGACAAAUACAAGUGCCAGUGCAGGAGAGGAUUCUACCAUCCGCGCAGAGUGGCACUCAAUGGCUUUAAAAGUAAGGAGCAGGGCUCUCACAGAGACGACACCUCUGACGUGUCGAGCAAGUGCCUGCCGUGCCGCGAGGGCUGCCCCUACUGCCGGGACGACACACCCUGUCUGGUGCAGGAGGACGGCGUGCUGCGGCUCGCUGUGGCGUCCUUCCAGGGUCUGUGUAUGGUGCUGGACCUGGCCAGCAUGCUGGUGGUCUACCACUUCAGGAGGAACAAGAGCAUCCGCACAUCUGGUCUCAUCCUGCUGGAAGCCAUCUUGUUUGGGGCUUUACUGCUCUACUUCCCAGUGAUGAUCCUGUACUUCCACCCCAGUGUGUUUCGAUGCAUCCUCCUGAGGUGGGUUCGUCUCCUGGGAUUCGCCAUCAUGUACGGCACCGUCAUCCUCAAACUAUACAGGGUGUUAAAGGUGUUCCUGUCCCGCACGGCCCAGAGGACGCCUUACAUGACCAGCUGGCGCGUCGUGCGGCUGCUGGGGAUAAUUCUGCUGGUGGUGCUGUGGUUCCUGGUGGCCUGGACGUCCGCCGUGUGCCAGAACCCUGAGCUGAGUCGGGCCCUGAUCGCUGUAGGCCUCACCCCAGAGGGACUACAGUUCAGCAUGUGUCUGCUGGACCGAUGGGACUACAUGAUGGCUGUCGCGGAGUUUCUGUUCCUGCUGUGGGGCGUGUACCUCUGCUACGCCGUCCGCACUGUGCCCUCGGCUUUCCACGAACCACGUUACAUGGCUGUGGCCAUCUACAAUGAGCUCCUCAUAUCGGCCAUUUUCCACAUCAUCAGGUUUUCUCUGGUGCCGGGACUUCACCCUGACUGGAUGCUCAUGUUGUUCUUUGCUCACACUCAUCUGACUGUGACUGUGACUCUGGGCCUGCUGCUUGUUCCAAAGUUCCUGUCCAAAGGGACCCAGGCCAGGGACGAUAUUGCCACGGAGGCCUAUGAGGAGGAGUUGGACAUGGGAAGAUCUGGCUCUUACCUCAACAACAGCAUCACCUCGGCCUGGAGCGAGCACAGCUUGGACCCUGAGGACAUACGGGAUGAGUUGAAGAAGCUGUACGCCCAGCUGGAAGUCUACAAACGUAAGAAGAUGCUCGCCAAUAACCCUCAUCUCCAAAAGAAGCGCAACUCCAAGAAAGGCCUGGGCCGCUCCCUGAUGAAACGAAUAACAGAGAUCCCCGAGACGAUGCACAUACACCGGCAGUGCAGUCGUGAGGACGGCAGCGAACACGGCAGCAACCGCAGCACCUUGAAGAGGAACCCGUUUGAACCGAGUCAUCAGGGCAAACCACGGGAUGACUCCCUGAAGAACAAAGUCAUGGGUUUGAAGAAGUCCCUCAGCUAUGACCAUGUUUGUGACCAGGAUGAGGAAACUGGAAGCCAAACCGGCUCGACCGCAGGAGACAAAAUGACUCCUGUUGGAGGCGGCGGAGAAGGAUCUCUGCUGGGUUCCCUCAUCGGCCGGAGACACGCCAAGAAGCAGCUAGAACCAGCUGCCACCCCACCGAGACUGGAGCCAGCCGAGUCCACCGAGUCUGUUCCCCUGUUCUGGAAAUCAGCCAGCGCUCAUAACUUAACACACGAGAAGAAACCCGUCCACCUGCGGACCUCCAUCAUGCAGAAGUCUCUGAGUGUGAUCGCCAGCGCCAAGGAGAAGAUGCCGGGCCUUACCAGCAAGACGCAGAGCGUGGAGGACGCCAGUAAGAAGGGUCUGAAGGGACAGGAGGGGAGGAUGCUGUCCGAGGUGGAUGAGACACCUGAGCAUUAUCCAAAAAUGAUUAUCAGCCAGUCAGUGGAGUACUCCAAGACUCCAAUGAAGAUGGGCAUCAUGAAACAACAGGUGAGUGGCAGCCAGCCGUCGAUUUGCUCUGAGACGGGGAAGAACCUUUACGACGUGUCUGAGGUUUGUCCCUGGGAACUGGAAGAACCUCAGACGCCCUCCGAAGCCAAAACCCAGAAACAUGUUUCCAUCGCUCCUGGAGAAACCACCGGCAGCCGGAGAGGCAGCAGCAGCUCUGGAAUCACCAAAGGUAGCCGGUCCCAGCAGAGGCAGAAAACAGGGCAGUCCCCUUCCAACAGACGCCGCUCCAAAGAUAAAGGCGGAGAAAGAGAGGAAGGCAGGGAAACGAGGAAAUCUCGGCCACCCAGGUCACCUCUGCCUCUCAAGCCGGAUGUGUGCCCCUGGGAAUUUGAUGAGCAGCCCAUGCUGGGAGGAGAUUCAGAUUCCAUCUCCCCAGACAGGAUCAGGCGUAAGAAAAGCGUCACACCCACUGAUGGGAAACCCAAGGGGCUCCACUCAGACCACUCCAAGUCCACAGGGAGCCUUUUACAGCCUCCCUCCCUGAUGGUCGAGAUCUGCCCCUGGGAUUACACCAGCCCACCUUCACCUAAACAGGAGAAGACCUGCAACAGCCCCACCACGCACAAGAAGAAACGGAAAGGCUCCUGCUCGUCCAACCACAAAGCGGAGAAGGAGAAAGGGCGGGAGAAAAGCAGAGAGAGACGGAGCUCCUCCAGCAAGCCGCCGUCAGAGAGGAGACGGGUCAGCCAGUCGUCGGAGUGCAGCGGGCCGGCGUCUGAGCGGCGGAGGAGCUCCGCCAGAGACCCAGAGGUGAUGGAGAUUAGGAGGCAGGAGGUUUACUCCCAGGAGACGGAGCCCUCUCACACCAGCUUUGCUCAGAAAACUAAACUCUCACCGGAGAGGAAGAGAGAGAGCUCUUUGAGUAGUAGUUACAAACCCGCAGUCAUCAGUGGGUCAAAAAUGGCCGACGUCUGCCCGUGGGACUUUGAGGAGAAAGACUCUGGUGAGAGGGCAUGA